AUGCCAAAAUUGAUGAAACCUAAGGGGGGAAAAGAUUCUAACACAAAGGAAAUUCUUAUAAAAUUCAUGAAAACUACAUCAAUACGUGGACUUCCUAGAAUAAUCAAUAGCGAAAGUAAAACAUGGCGUAUGGUACAUAUUGUAUUCUUCCUGUCGGCCUUGACAUUGACUACAUACAUGGUACAACAGACCUUGACAGACUAUUUUCAAUAUCAUGUAAGCACCAAAACAUAUAUUAUCAGAGAUGGGGAAAAUGCCUACUUUCCAGAUAUAACACUAUGUAAUAUUAACCCCCAUAGCGAUAAAUUUGAGGACUAUCUCAGAGAUGUGUUGUUAAAAGCUUUAAAUAAAUCAGACAUUGAUACAUCAGGGUUAAAUGACAAUGAUAUAUUUGACAUUUGGAAAACUGUUGAGAAACAGGGGAUGAAUGGCUGGUUGAACAAUAUAACCAAUAGUUUGACAUUUGUCCAUACAUCAUUAACGUCUCGGCAACAGGAGAUGAGUGGCCACAAGAAGGAAGACUUCAUAAGAGAUUGUAAUAUGAUGGCUUGGUACGGUGAGGAAGAACAGGCUUGUAAAAUGGACCAUAUUAUUCUUCACAGAGAUUUGCAAAAAUUAAACUGUUAUACAUUUCAACUGCAGACACAACAAGAUAAGCUACAAAUGCGAAAAACGUGUGGAGUUUCAUUUGUUUUAUUCCUGGCCCCAACAAAGCAUUUUGUGUUUCCCGAAAUCCCAAAAUAUUUUCCCUCAAGUAAUGGAGUGAUCGUGUACAUACAUGAACCAAACACUAUGCCAUCUAAGUCAAAAGGCUUUACUGUAUCCCCUGGUUUUGAAACAAGAGUCAGCAUGAGUGUUGUUCACUCAAUCCAACAACCAGCACCAUAUGGGAAUUGCAAAGAGGAUUUUGAAAAUAUUAAGAGUGGUGACCGUGAGUUUGUGUAUGAAUAUGACACUUGUAUUGCAAAAUGCGCACAGGAAGCAAUCACCAAAACCUGUAGAUGUCUAUGGGAAGAAGCUCCCCCCUUUGGUGAUUAUUCAUAUUGCAAAAAUGUAAGCUUACCUAUCAAGACACUCAUAAACAAUAUGAAGUGUCAGUAUGACGCUUCAACAAAGCUGGUAUCAAGUUACAACAGUGGCCAAAAGCUCUGCAAUCAUUGUAAAGACAAAUGCAAAAAAUAUACAUAUCUGAACUCAAUCAGUCAGUCUGUAUGGCCAGAUGUCUCAACACACCUUGGAAUAUACAAGCAAUAUAUCCAAAAUGUUACCAAAUACAAGGAUUUCUUCACAGAAUAUGAAGAACUUCUGAUAGGUAAAGGGAAAAAUCUUAACAUGACAGAGAAAUACACAAAGCUGAGAGCUUAUAAUCGUGUAAAAGAUAGCUUGAUUAAACUCGAUGUCAUGCUGAACAGUAAGGAUGUUAUGACAUAUGAACAAAAGAAAAUUUGGACACCAGUCAGUCUCUGUGCAUCACUGGCAGCUACUCUGAUCUUUGGAAUAGGGUUCACAUAUUUUGCAGUUGCUGAAAUACUUGAAUGCAUAUUUAACAUCAUUAAAAGUUGCUUUAAAUCUAGAAAGAACACGAGAGAUUUUCAGAGCGAACCAGAUAGAGAUGACAUAAAGAUGGAGAAUUUAGACCACACUGAGUACAACACUAGCACGCUUUCAUGA